ACCAGUCAGCCACUUCCAUCCAUCUCUAAAUCAAUUGCCCGCUCUCUUGAACAAAGGAAAAAGAAAAGAGAGAAAAGAUGUCAUCCUUUCGAGGAUACGGUGAAGCCUCCGGUGGAGACGGUGGCAAGAAGAAGAAGAUCGCCAUCAUAUCAGUCGCUUCCGUCGUCCUCUUGGCCAUGGUCGUCGCCGUCUCCGUUGGCGUGUCCAAGAACCACGGUUCCGGUGGGGACUCCGGCUCCGCGGAGGAUAUCAGCCCGUCAUAUAAGGCCAUCACCGCGAUAUGCCAACCCACGGACUAUAAGGAAGCCUGCGUCACCCAGCUCAACGCUGCCGCCGGCUCAAACGCCAGCACCGACCCCAAGGACCUCGUUAAGCUCGCCUUCAAGGUCACGGUGGACCAGAUCCACAAGGUCCUCAACCAGUCGGCGUUGUUGCAGGAGGCGGAAAAGGACUCGAGAACGAAGCAGGCGCUCGACAGUUGCGGGGAGCUCAUGGACUCCUCCAUUGCCGAUCUCGAGAAGUCCAUCGAACAGAUGGGUAACAUCGAUCUUUCUGAUAUCGAUGACCUUCUAGAGAACCUCAAAACGUGGCUCAGCGCCACCGUCGCCAACCAGGAGACGUGCCUCGAUGGAUUCCAGAACACCACCGGCGACGUAGGCGAGAAGAUGAGGAGCUUAAUGAAGACGGCAGGCCAACUCAGCAGCAACACCCUCGCAAUCGUCGACGAGAUCUCCUCGAUCCUGACCAACCUGAAUAUCCCCUUCCUGACCAAAAACCGCCGACGCCUCCUCUCGGACGAUGGGCUCCCCUCGUGGGUGUCGCCUGCAAAGCGGAGACUGCUCGAAGAUCCGACCAGCAGCAUUAAGCCUGAUGUUGUGGUGGCCAAGGAUGGAAGCGGGCAGUUUAAAACAAUCAGUGAUGCACUCGUGAGCGUGCCUAAGAGGCAGAACACCACCUAUGUGGUAUACGUGAAAGAAGGAGUGUAUGAGGAGCUGGUUCAGAUCAACAGGACCAUGACCAAUCUCAUGUUGAUGGGUGAUGGACCAACCAAGACCAAGAUCACCGGAAACCUGAAUUUCAUUGAUGGAACUCCCACCUUCAAGACCGCCACAGUCGUGGUCGUUGGAGAUGGAUUCAUGGCAAGGGACAUUGGAUUCGAGAACAGCGCCGGCGCCGCGAAGCACCAAGCUGUGGCCCUCCGGGUGGGAGCGGACAUGUCCAUCUUCUACAACUGCCAGAUGGACGGCUACCAAGACACUCUCUAUGCCCACACCAAACGCCAGUUCUACCGGGAUUGCACCAUCUCCGGCACCAUCGACUUCAUCUUCGGUGACUCCAUUUCCAUCUUCCAGAACUGCAAGCUCGUGGUGAGGAAGCCGAUGGAAAACCAGCAGAACAUCUGCACUGCACAGGGAAGGAAGGACAAGAGGGAAUCCACCCUCAUCGUCCUCCACAACUGCACCUUUACAGCGGAGCCCGACUACUACCCGUUUAAGGACCAACUCCCGACCUACCUGGGAAGGCCAUGGAAGGAGUACUCGAGGACCAUCAUCAUGCAGUCAUGGAUGGACGACAUCGUGCAGCCUGCUGGGUGGAAGGAAUGGAUGGGAGAUUUCGGCCUCAGCACGCUCUUCUACGCUGAGUUCGACAACAGGGGCCCUGGUUCCAAACUGGACGGGAGGGUCAAGUGGGCGGGAGUCAGGACCCUGACAGCCGCAGAUGCAGCCGCAUACGCACCUGAUGCAAUCUUCCAGGAUAACGAGUGGAUUAAGAAAAGUGGCGUGCCUUACACCGGUGGCCUUCUGCCUCUUGCUUCCCCCGACCAGCAGCUCCCAGCGGCGCCCGCUGAAUCACCAAACUAGUGAACCGAACUAGGGCUCAGUUCCUAGAAGGCUUUCUUUGGUGUGAGAAAGAGAAAGAGAGAGGGGUUGAUGGUUCUCUUUGGGCAAAAUAAGACUGCAGGCCUAGAUAUUGGACAAAGCCGUGGGAAAGAUCUCUUCGUUUUUGUUUCAAAUUUGUUAAUCCUCAUUUCUUUAUGGCAUGUAUAAUAAACACAUUGAAAUAUAUUUCAGA